UCGUACAAUACAAGUCACUCGCUGAUGUCACGUGUCGUUACGGGAUCUUUACGGGUUGUGUGUGAAAGCACGCACAUAUCCUGGGUAAUCACUGGCAGUGUGAAAGUGCAAAAUCUAGCGACCCGGGAACAAUUGCAGGAACACUUUACCCAUGUAUUUGCCGGAAUGGCAGUGUGAAAGGGGCUUUACUAAGUUCAAUGUGGGAAUCAAUCCCGGGACGUGGUUGCUUUCACACAGAAGGCGACCCGUCAAUGUUCCGGCAAUAUGACGGGUCCGACGUGCAGUGUGAAAGGGGCAUAAGAUAGUAAAAGAAAGCUGAAAUCGGAUCAUUCUAAUUCAUAAACGAAUCGUUUGGUGUGAUUUGCGAUCCAAUUAAAAAGACUCGGUUCAUUCAUGAAUCAGAGACCACUUCUGCGUGUCGGAGCAUGUGAUAUAUUAUAUGGACGAUGUAGCGAUAUAUUUAUGAAAUGUAGUGGACGAUGUUAUGAUAUGAUUUAUGAAAUGUAGUAAAUUAAAAACUACGAUCUUAUACUUUGCAAUUUAGUGAAGUUAAAAGUAAAAAUUACUCAAAAUAAAAUGACUCCAGUAAAGUAGACCUACACUACUCGAAAAAUUGUGCUCAAGUACAGUAACGAAGUAAAGCUAGUUCAUUACUAACACGUUUAUCUGUCUGUAAGAAAGCAAAUCCUUAUGAGUGACUUGUGCAGUGUGAAGAUUUUUUACCAUCAGCAAUUAUUCUCAACUAACAGUGCAGCAAGUUUGUGAAAGAAGUGUGAAUCUUUACUAAAACAUACAGAAGCCCUGAUAACCCAUAUCUCACUGUUUCCCAUCUAUUUUAUCUCUUGUUCUGUUUUAUCAGCAUAUAAAUGUUGAAAAGCUUUUGUCCAGUAUUAAUCUCUGUACAGAAAUAGUGCUUCAUUCACAUCCGGUUUCAAGUCCUAUUAAAAUCUGAAGGUAUUUAUCACGUACUGCAUAUAAAUAAAUGUAAGAAACUCACUUCAGCAGUGACCUACUUCAGUAGUUCUAUAAUUGUAAAAUGGGAACUAGAGAAUUAAAUAGUGUUAAUACCCAAAAACCACAGAGGAAAACACUUGAAUAUCGACUGCAGAGCUAAAAUAAACAAUUUUUAUCAGAAUAAUCUUACAUUUCUUGACCAAGUGAUGCAAUUGUAAUUUGUGUUUUUUGCAACAUUUGCAAUCAAACAUUAUGACAUUUUAUUGUAAAUUAAGUUUUUGUGACAUAUGCAAAUGAAGACCGCGGAAGCAGGAAGUGAGACUGAGAUCAUGAGAACUUAAGGUCAUUUACUUCUCCUCGAAUGAGUAGCUGUUUCUUUAGCAUCAUGUACAUGAUGAAGAUGCAGGGAGAAGAAACAUUGCAAUGUUUUAACAGAAGGACUGACAGUUUGAAGUUCAUUGUGUUUUUCCUUUGGCUCAUAACAGCUCCUGAAGGCAGAGCAGGUUCAGUAAGCAGACGGUUAACAGUUCAGACUGGAGGAUCGCUCAUUAUUCCAUGUCAUUAUGACAGAAAAUACACCGAUCACAAAAAAUACUGGUGCUUUCAUGCCAAGUCAGCUUACAAUUACUGCAGUAUUCUGGCAUAUGCUAAUGAAACCAAAGGAAGAGUGUCAGUAAUUGAUCAUCCAGAUCAGAGUUUCUUUACUGUGACUAUGAGAAACCUGCAGAAUGAAGACACUGGAGCUUAUUGGUGUGUUGUGGAGAUUGAAGGAAUAUUUGAACGAGAUGAGAGUGAGCAGCUCUAUCUGACAGUUCAAUCAGCUCCUGAUGUGUCUGUGGUGAACAGCAGUGUAUCUGGACAAGAAGGUGGUGAUAUCAGUGUUCAGUGUUUCUACAGUUCUGGAUAUAAGAAUAAACUCAAACAGUGGUGCAGAUAUAAAGAUCAGAGCUGUUACACAGUGGGGAGGACUAACACAUCCCAGAAUUCAUCAGUCCAGAUCAGUGAUGAUGGGAGAGGAUCCUUCACUGUGCUGAUGACUGGACUGAGACUCACUGAUUCUGACUGGUACUACUGUUCUGCUGGAGAUCUGCAGGCUCCUGUUCAACUUAAUGUCUCUGAAAAUUCACAGGUUCCUUUUCUCACGGUCAAUGAACCAAAAUCAGAAUCUGUGACCACAGAAGUAUCUGAGAGAAACGGCAGAGAUGCAACUGCUCUCUCAUCUACAACACCAGUUUCAGUUAACACUGAUCAAACAGUGAGCAGUGAAGAGCAGCAGAAUGAGAAUUAUUUGUAUCUGGAGCUGUGGAUUCCAGCGGUUGUGCUGCUGAUGGUGAUUGUGAUUUUCGUGUCAGCUGUAAAACUGAGAAAGAAACACAACAGAAAUGAAUACAUCACAGAGGUGAACAGAGUUAGAGCCAGUGACACAGUAAGUGGAAACGGUUCAUCUUCAGUGCUUGCAGAGAAUGAUGUGACUUACACCUCUGUGAUAGUACAACCUAAAACUGAAGCAAGCAGUCCAGUAUCUGUGGAGGACGAGGUGACCUACAGCUCUGUGCACAAGUAGGUGAGAUGUUACAGGUGGAAACCACUAAAUACCUGAACAAAAUAUGAAGAAGUUAAGUUGAAACAAGCCAAUAUAUAGUACAUUUCUCCAGGAAUACUAAUUCUGUUAAAAUUAUAUAUUUUAUCUCUCUGUCAAUAUAUUAGUGGCAUUGUGUAAGUACUUUUAGACUGCAAAAAAAAAAACAAUUUUUUUUUCACUGAGAUAAAUAUUUUACAUGUGUUCUUUAGUAAUAUGUGUGUAAAUUUUUGUUGUCUGCAAAAAGCUUUAAGCAAUAAUACAUAUUUGUUGAGUUAAGUUUAGUUAAUCUGUAAUGUACUUGCUUCUAAGUGUGACAAUAAAUAAAAUCUAUAUU